UGGGGGGGAGUUUGUGGUUCUAUCAAGAGAUGAUGUUUUCGUCUGCGGGCAAGCGCUGCUUCACGAUAGAGUCUCUGGUGGCCAAAGAGAACCCGCUAACGGCCGAGGAGCCCAUCCGCCCGACGGCUUUGAGCUACUCCAACCCGACGACAGAUGCCUUAAUGAACAGCUACCAGGCUCCCCCGGCCCGCUCCCUCUACCAGAGCCCGGAGCUGGUGUUCCCGGAGACGGUGAACCACCCGUCCCUCACCGUGGCUCCUCACCAGCUCGGAGGCUCCCACCUACAGCAUCCGCACUUCUUCGGGACGCAGCACAGAGACCCGCUCAACUUCUACCCCUGGGUGUUACGGAACAGGUUUUUUGGACACAGAUUCCAAGGUAACGACGUGUCCCAGGACAGCCUGCUGCUCCACGGCCCCUUCGCCAGGAAACCCAAACGCAUCCGGACGGCCUUCUCUCCGUCGCAGCUGCUCCGCCUGGAAAGAGCCUUCGAGAAGAACCACUAUGUGGUCGGAGCCGAGAGGAAGCAGCUGGCCAACAGUCUGAGUCUAUCUGAAACACAGGUGAAGGUGUGGUUCCAGAACAGGAGGACCAAGUACAAGCGGCAGAAGCUGGAGGAGGAGGGACCAGAGAGCCAGCAGAAGAAGAAGGGAAACCACCACAUCAACAGAUGGCGCAUCGCCACCAAGCAGGCCAGCUCCGAGGACAUUGACGUGACCUCAGAGGACUAAAAUAAAAUUUAAAAAAAGAGAAAAAAAAAGAAAAAAAAACGCCGUCCGACCUCCGACAAUGCUGCCCUGAACCCUGCGUCGACCUUCCGACGCAUCAGAGGACCAAUACUAUUUAUUAUGUAAUAUUAUUAAGUAUAAUUAGACACAUUAGAGGAAGGCUCAAGGACUUCUGAUCGCCACACGUCUCCUCACAACCGGAAAUAAAUAAACCAUCUUAUUUAAUGGCAUCCAUCCUGAAGGUGUGUGGAUGAAGGGAUCAUUCAAAGAGAAACGACCUCUAUCAGUUUAACAUUGUACAUACAGGCCAGUGAUAAAGGUUGUUUCUGAAACAGGCUAUUUGUUUCAUUAAAGCUGUUUGUUUUUUUAUUUAAUCACAUGCUUAGGUCAUUAACACCUCACCGCGCCACCUGUGCUCCAGGUUUCAUUUGAAAUUUCUCCUCAAGAAACGUGUCGACGCACACCUUGGUUUUUUUUUUUUUUUUUAAAUCCACCCGAGCCAGAAGAAGAAGGCAGGAGAUGAAGAAUAUUUUAUUCCUGCUUUUUGUGGCUCCAGAGCCCAUCCAUCCAUCCCAGCACUUUGUUCCACUUCCUAAUGAAGAUUUAAAAAAAGAGGCGAUUCGCGUCCAGCUGUGCGCGACAUCUGGGACAGGACGAGACGCUGCAGAGACCCCUGGCGUUGGGGCCGAGUUGAGCCGAGAACGCAGCUUUUGUUCCGCAUUUGUCACGCGUGGAUCUUGACGGGUGACAUCUCCACUUGCAGAUUUCAUUGUGUGUAGUAUAAAACGUAUAUACUUUUCGAGCAGAACAUGUAAGUACAAGAAGAUGUUUUAGAAAUAAAAGCGGG